AUGCCCUUCGUGUUGGACUAUGACCGGUACGUGUACGCAUGUGAAAGCGAGCUUCAUUCACUUCGGUUAAUUCGGCGCACAGCCAUGGAAACGUCAUCGGCGGACACAUGGUCGAUGAACUUCCACCAACUCCGACGCGUCUGCGACUUCAACUGCAACAGCGCGACACCGACGUCAAGAUGUGGCCGAGCUCGAGGCCACCCACUGGGCCCGCAGGCUGGCAAUCAUCCAGUCGCAGUACCAGUAUCCAGCAGAGCCAGCAGAACUGCAACGCGCAUUUCGCAGGACCGCCAGACUCAAUACUUGCACCACCUACGGCCCCGGCAGCUUUGAGACGCCAGAGUCACGUCCAUCAUACGGCAGGCUACCCUCGGCUGCAGCAACCAGGUCCAUCACUCGGCCCUCCCAGCUACUUCUACCAGCAGCCUCGAACUCCGAGUUGGCCAGGUCCGCAAGGACAACCUCGUAUGGGCAUCUCGCAGCCUGUACCACCCCAUCAAGGACAUUAUUCGGUGCUCAAUUUUGGCACGAGCCUCUCGCAAAGUAUUUCGCCCCGUCCUCGACCCAUGCAGACGCCCAGUGUAGUAUACGGAACUCCGCAGUACAAUGCUCCAGCAUUUCAGGAGACUGUCAUGCAGACCCCAGUGUCCUUCCAGCAAGAACCACAAGCACCCAAUCUGCUGCUUCAGCCCCUGGAUCAGCACCCUGGCGGCAGCCCGCAGUGCCUCGGUCCUCAGCACACUCUCACGCCGAAUACAUCUAAGCCCACCACACACGUACUUGAUUCCGAAUCGCCCAGACGAUUCGUCGACGAGUUUGCCGCCACUUUUUGCGAAGACCCCACAGCGCUUGCUUCGUUCGAGGCUCUCUGCAAGAACUACAACAAGAGGAGGAUCACCGAGACCGAGUUCUAUGUUGGGAUCUACCGAGUGCUACUUCGCGGCGACCGUCUUCGGCUCCUGCCCUCUUUCGUCGAAUUUUUGCCACCGGCUUGGAAGGACGUGGAUUUGAGCUGGCUGGACAAAGCUAUUGAGAUCGAGCACCGGGAGAAGACUCAGGCGAGCAGCAAGAAGGAGGAUAAAUCUGCGAACACACCAUCUGCUGCGCAGCCUCGCAAGAAGAAGCGGCCGAUAAACGGAUUUACUACUUCAUCGCAAGGCGGCGCUCCACUUCGCAAGCGUUCAGCGGCCGAGACGUUUUCUCCUGUUGUGGUACCACCAUCGCCGACUUCUCCGCCAGCGUUGUCUGAAAAAGCCAUUCCUUCGUGCGAGCAAAAGAAGAAUGGCAAGGUCACUCGGUCUGGUUUGGUCAAGCUGCCAAUCAAUAUGUCUUUGGACGAAGAGGAGAAUCCGGUGAUUACUACCAAGAGGAACAGGAUGGAGAAAACCACAGAGUCGGGAAAGCGCGCGGCGAGUACAGAGCGCGAGACCCCCAACAAGAAGGUGUAAUGCAUUCUUAGCUCUUCAAUUGGGACAUUCAGCUAACUAUUCUUCUAGCCCAGAUUGAAGCUAGGCGACACCCUCGGAUCUGAAGUCACACACUUUGGACCCGUCUAUCCCACUCGCCGCGCUGUGCUUGCUCGCGAGUCUCGCCCGUACAUCCACUUCGCAUGCGGCAAUGGCUUCAACCAUCCGGACGACGUAAAGGCUCAUCACAAGAAGAGCGGCUGCGUCGGGGACUCAAAGGAUAAUGAAGAGGGAUGGGAUACUCAUCCGAGUUGUCAGGUCGGCUACACUCAGCUGAACUACACAAGGUGCAAGGAUGGAUACGUCGUGCUUGAUCAGAAGAGCCAUGACAAGAUUGAGCAGGCGAUUACUUCCGGACUGGAGGACGCCGCAAAGAACUAUCAGGAAGACAACAUGACGGAAAACGAUGACCAAUAG